AAACCGAAAGAGCCUCUUCAUUUCUGUCAUCCAUCUUUCUCCAAUGGAGAACCAUAGCUGCUCCUCCAUCUCAGUUCAACAGCAAUGUGGCACCGUUCUCUCUCUCAACCUCGCACAACGUAGCCUUCAUCCGUGAGCUUCCUUGCCAUUUGUUCUAGUGCUCUCGAGUCUGUUCCUGGAGAUCAUCUCGUUAGAGCCUGGUUACAGAACCCCAAAUCCCAAAGGUAAGAAUCUUUCAUGGCUGCCAUUGCGUUCCACUGGGUUUGUUGGCAUUGAAAAAUCAAAGAUCUAACACAUGCAUGCACUGUUGUGUUUCGAGAGUGAACGGAUCUAUAACAAGAGAGAUGCACCAACACCCAAAAGUUCACAAAUCCAUGGUUGAUCGCGAUUUUGGGGUUAGGCGACGGCGGGAGAGAUGGCGAGGGUUGUUGCAUCUGUGUCACUCAAAGUGGAUUGCGAGAGAGUGACAGUGCUGCGUUAUAGGGUAUGAGAGUUGGUUUCGAGAAAGUGAGGGGGCCGGAGUUGGGUUAAGGCUUGGGCUGGGUUUACGGAAUGGGGGAGGAGGGUGUGGAAUGUCAUGGAGAGGAAGGGAGAGGGAGGUCUGCCAAAAAACGUGGGUUGCAGAGCUACAACGAGGGAGAUGGGCGUGGAUUGGCAGGGAGGGGAAGGGAGAGGGAGGAGUGAGGCUUGCCAAACAGAGUGUUGGAUUGAUUUUUUCCUCCUCAAAUCAAGGGUUGGAGUCGGGAUUGCGGGGUGGGUCCAAAAUGGGUAUGGUUGUGAGGGAAAGAGCGAUGGCAGAGACAGAGGUCGUGGAGUUGGGCGUGGGAAUUCCAAAAAUCAAGGGCUGCUGUCAGUGGUUGUUAAUAUCAGCAAUGAGCAUGAUUGGGAUGUGUAUUGUUUAUGGAAGAAGCUAAGUCUCAAACCCCUCAAACGAUCUCCCGAUCUCUUCUCCCCCGCCUGCAGCGAACUCCCUCCUCCCGACCCCGAGAGGUGUUCUCUAAAGACUAUGCAUUGACAGAACCUUAAAGUGACGAGAAACCUUACAUGGAUCACAACAAUAACAUUCAGACUAGAUUGUUGUAGAUAUAACAUGAAAAAUCUUGAUAGCAACAUUGUUGCAUUGAUGAAAAAACAAGUGAUUGAUAUGGCCGGUUGCCUUAGAACUAUGACGGUCGUGCUAAAUGGAAAGGCGGUACAUGCAAAAUCAUUUAUAAAUUAUAUUGAUCUCUACUACAUACAAUCUACCAGUAUAUCAAGAGAUUCUCAGCCACUUCCAAUGUUGAUGCUAUAUGAAACUUUUUUAUUAUGAACUUGGUUUUCAUGAACUUUUUGUAAAUCCACUCAUGGUGACUGAAUAAGUUGGGAAGUUAAUGAUAAGGUGGAGGUUUGUGUGAUCCUCAGCAACCGACACAAAUCCCAUUAAUUAUAAAACUUUUGUACACAUGAAAUUGCAAGUCCCUUUAUCUAUUAUCUUUGGUGUGGAAUAAUGCUUCAAUUUUUGUCAUUUAGCCUUGAGCUGGGAGUGAGUAGUAAAAUUACUAUUUUGUAAUACGCGCUUUGGAGGGAGGGGGUGUUUCAAUCAGGGUGGGAUGAGGGAAUUUUAGAACCGUCAAUAAGAGUGAGUAGUAAAAUUACCCUUCCCCUGUUAAACCAUCAAUAACUGUUUACAGUGAUACUCUAAUAAAAACACAUUUAGAAUAAAUGAGAAGAACACAUGCAUAAUCUUUUUUUUUUAUAAAAAAAAAAACUAAUGAAAUGGGCGUUAGAUAUUAUUCCUGCUGGUUCAUGGAAGCAUUGAAAUUGUACUAACCUGCUUAAUCUUUUAUUUUUUUUAAUUAAUGUUAUGGGCGUCGUUAGUUGCUCUUAAAAAUAUUUUGUAGCUCAAACUGAUUACCCUAUAUUCUAAGGAAGUCUCGUUAUAUAUAAACGUAUUAGAUGAAGCUUAUACAUUGUGUCUUUAAAUUUGAAAAGAAAGAAAAUAUAAUAUGGAAAAGAGAGAAGUUUGAGAUAAAUGUGAGUUUUUAUUUAAAUUAGAGAUAUUAUAAUGACAUAUGGGUUAGGUUUGAAAUAAAAAAAUGCAAAAUGAUUUGUGCAUAAUUACAUUAUUGUUCAUAAUUUUAUUUUAUAAUAUAAAACCAAAUUGUCUUUUCACUUUUUUUAGAGUGUUUUGUUAAAAACAACCCAAAGUGACCACAAAAUACAUAUUAGAUGAGAACGUGUACACUAGCCAAGCUACUACCUACCACCUUUAUUUCAUAAAAGCUCAACAGAAAAAUUAUCACAUGCUACAUGAACAUUACAAGAGUAGGUGUUGUGCUAAUGGGGAA